GAGGCGCGUGGACCAGCGCGAGCUCCCCCGGUGGGCUCCCCUCCCCCUUCAGCCCCCUUCUCAGACCGACUGAUCCCCCCCAAACGGCGGCGGCGGUUUGUGGUCGUUGGUCCCAGGGAUUUAGGCCCAAGAUUUGAAGACCCGACGGGGAACUGCAGCCAUGAAUGAAGAAAACAUAGAUGGAACAAAUGGAUGCAAUAAAGUUCGAACUGGUACUCAGAACGAAGCAGCAUUACUUGCUUUGAUGGAGAAGACUGGUUACAACAUGGUUCAAGAAAAUGGGCAAAGGAAAUUUGGUGGCCCUCCUCCAGGUUGGGAAGGUCCACCUCCACCUAGAGGCUGUGAAGUUUUUGUAGGAAAAAUACCUCGUGAUAUGUAUGAAGAUGAGUUAGUUCCUGUAUUUGAAAGAGCUGGGAAGAUAUAUGAGUUUCGACUUAUGAUGGAAUUUAGUGGUGAAAAUCGAGGUUAUGCUUUUGUGAUGUACACUACAAAAGAAGAAGCUCAGUUAGCCAUCAGAAUUCUUAAUAAUUAUGAGAUUCGACCAGGGAAGUUCAUUGGUGUGUGUGUAAGCUUGGAUAACUGCAGAUUAUUUAUUGGAGCUAUUCCCAAGGAAAAGAAGAAAGAAGAAAUUUUGGAUGAAAUGAAGAAAGUUACAGAAGGAGUUGUAGAUGUAAUUGUUUAUCCAAGUGCAACUGAUAAGACCAAAAAUCGUGGUUUUGCAUUUGUUGAAUACGAAUCUCACAGAGCUGCAGCUAUGGCUAGGAGAAAACUAAUUCCAGGAACAUUCCAGCUAUGGGGCCAUACCAUUCAGGUAGAUUGGGCUGAUCCAGAGAAAGAAGUUGAUGAGGAAACCAUGCAGAGGGUUAAAGUUCUCUAUGUAAGAAAUUUAAUGAUCUCUACUACCGAGGAAACAAUUAAAGCAGAAUUCAAUAAAUUCAAGCCUGGUGCAGUUGAACGAGUAAAGAAACUUAGAGAUUAUGCUUUUGUUCACUUUUUCAACCGAGAAGAUGCCGUAGCUGCUAUGUCUGUUAUGAAUGGAAAAUGCAUUGAUGGAGCAAGUAUUGAGGUAACACUGGCAAAACCAGUAAAUAAGGAAAACACUUGGAGACAGCAUCUUAAUGGUCAGAUUAGCCCCAAUUCUGAAAACCUGAUUGUGUAUGCUAACAAAGAAGAGAGCCACCCAAAAACUCUAGGCAAGCCACCAACUCUUGCCACUCGUCUCAAUGGCCAGCAUAGCCCAAGCCCCCCUGAAAUUGAAAGAUGCACUUAUCCUUUUUUCCCUGGAACAAAGCUUACUCCAAUUAGUAUGUAUUCUUUAAAAUCCAACCAUUUUAAUUCUGCAGUAAUGCAUUUGGAUUACUACUGCAACAAAAAUAAUUGGGCUCCACCAGAAUACUAUUUAUAUUCAACAACCAGUCAGGAUGGGAAAGUACUUUUGGUAUAUAAAAUAGUUAUUCCUGCUAUUGCAAAUGGAUCCCAGAGUUACUUCAUGCCAGACAAACUCUGUACUACGUUAGAAGAUGCCAAGGAACUAGCCGCCCAAUUUACAUUACUGCAUUUGGACUACAAUUUCCGUCGCAGCUCAAUACAUAGUCUUUCCCCUGUUAGUGCUACCCUCUCUUCUGGGACUCCCAGCCUGCUUCCUUAUACUCCAAGGCCUUAUUCUUAUCCAGGCUGUUCCUUGUCACCAGCAAUAUCACUUGCUAAUGGCAGCCAUGUUGGACAACGACUAUAUGUCUCCAGUCAGGCCUCAUUCUUCUGAAGAAAGUCUGUCAGCAGUAGUAUGGAAAUUUCUGUGUAAAGCAUGCAAAUUAAAAUACUGUUUUAUUUUAGAAUCGGGUUUGCACAUUUGGCUUUAGAAUAAUAUAUUUAUUCCAACAUACUGAACAUCAGCUAUAAUUCAGAACAACAGUAGUAGAAUUUAUAAAAAGGCAAAGUUUAAAAAGUUACUCAGUGGCGUAGCAAACGACUGUUUCUUUUUAAACUUUGAGGAUUUCCUCUUAAGUCCUGUGUGGGAAAAAGAUACCAGUCGUUUAUGUUAUUUUUUUAUUUUUUGUAUAAUAACUUCGCAAAGUAGCACUUCACAAAUAUUAAACUCCUUGAAGACAUUGGUUAUACUAGAUGUGAUUACCAAGGAUCACUAUUCUGUAUUGGAGAUCGGAACAAUUAUAUAACCAAAAGCAUCUAACUAUUAUGUAGAAAGAAAUGAUGAGGCAAAAAGAUUAAGAUGCAAAUUUUAUGCAGCACUAAAGAAAAAGAAAUCUACCAUUGUGGUCCUUGAGAAUAACUACAAAUACAAUUUUAGUUAAUACUAUUUGUUACAGAUAUAAAUUAUAAUUUUGCUGUUAAUAUAUUUAAGGUUUUUAUAGUUAUGCUUAACUUGUGUUUUUUGAUAUUCACUACAUUGUUUGAAUAACAAGUGUUACGGUUUUUUAAUGUUGAAAUCAUGUGUUAAAUUUUUGUACUUGAAUUCAAAUUCUUUGACAUUAAAUAUGUGAUGCUU